AUGGUAAACCGAGUAGCUGUUAUAUUUUGUGUUUAUCUCUGUGCUGUACACCAAGUGUAUUCAGCUAUCCUGACGAAUAUCAGAUCCGAGGCGGGAGUCUUGAGCCUGCUUGAGUUUCGUAAACAAUUUUAUAUUGUUGACUUUGAUGACAACAAUGUUUUAACGUACGAUAAUAUUCGAAGACAUGUUCUAUUAGUUGAUUUAAACAAUGAUGGUCAAGUUACGCAUGAAGAGUUACAGUCCAACCCAGAUACACCCAAAUAUCCUAUGGAAGUUUUCCGUGCAUUGGACAUAAAUAAUGACAACAUUCUUAAUUGUACUGAUAUCAGAGGUGUGUUUGAGUUGCUUCCCGGUACCGGAAAUGAGGUAGAUCUACAAGAAUUCUUGACGACCUUUUCGACUAGAAUGAAUGAAACAACUGGACCAGUAAUGAAGAUACAGUCUUUUGUACAGGCUGAUAGAGAUUUCAUGAUUAUAGAUGAAAAUGAUGAUAACAUUUUGACUAGAGAAGAAUUUCAAGUGGAUUUUACAGAAGCUGACGAAAAUAAGAAUGGACAAUUGGAAGAAUCAGAAGUACGUAACAUGUUCCCAAUGAGAAGUACUCCACCAGAAACCAUUUGUCCAAACAUCUCUGUAAGCUGUUCUGUUGAUGACGUGAUGCCUCUCUUCGAUGCAGCAGACAAGAAUCAAGAUUCCCAGCUCACCGUUGAUGAAUAUAUUCAACAUUUUGGACUCUUGAUUGAAAACUAA